AUGAAAGUCAAGCUCAAGGAAUGGAAUGCUAUCGCAACUUGGCAUUGGGAUAUGCCGGAGGAUGAAGUCUGUGGUAUCUGUCGUGUCCAGUUCGACGGAACCUGUCCGACCUGCAAAUUCCCCGGCGACGACUGUUCGCUCUUGCUCGGAAAAUGUGGGCAUUCGUUUCAUAUGCAUUGCCUUUUGACCUGGAUUCAGCAAGAAACCUCCAAAGGACUUUGUCCAAUGUGUCGUCAAAAAUUCGAAUGGAAACAAACCGAGGAGACCGAGGAGACUGAAGAAAUUGAGGAACCCGAGCGAUGA